CUUGUUAUAAAAUAAAAUAAAAGGUAAAAUAAAAUCUGUCUUUGACUCCUUUAUUUCCUCCCCCUUAAAAAUUUAUUAUGUAUAUUAUAAAUUUAAUAACUGUUUUUUUCCCUUUAUUAUUAUUAUUAUUAUUACUGUAAUAUAUAGACUUACUCAAACACAAUGAGGAAGGCAUUACCUUCUUCCUCCUCCUCUUCCUUCUUGAAGAAAAACUCAAAUACUCAAACGAUGCAUAACAAUAAUACUUCAAUACCAGAGGAAAAGAACACGAAAUUAGAUGGACGCAUCUUAUCUUCAACUUCAACAUUUGUUCUUAACAAUAAUACUAAUGAUAAACCUGAAAAAUUAAAGAAGAAAGCAAAACACUUUUUAGAUGAAAGGCAAAAAAUUAAAACUAGAGCUCAAAGCCUAUGGAGUUUUAUAGAUGCCACUAAUACUUUUGAUCAAGCAAAGUUUUUUCAAGAACAUGCAGAACAAGUAUUUCAGGUUGUUUAUGAAACUUGCAUGCACCAAAUAGAAAAAAUUAAACAUAAAUCAGAAAGACCUCAGUCAUGGAAUUCAAAAGAACUUGUCAGUUUACAGAAGAAUUUAUUAUUACUUCGAAAAAUAUUUUUAUAUAUACCAGAAUUAAUGAGAAAUGGAUGGCAAAGACAAAAUAUUGCUGCCAUUCUUACGCAUAUACUCGAUCAUGGUAAUCAUCUUAGACUUCGUGCACUAGGUUUUCAAUUGUUAUUAUUAUGGUUAAAUGAUCAAGUAGUUGAAUAUCCUGAAUGUAUAAAUUUAUUUGCAAACGCUAUUUCACUUGACUUAUUUAUAUUAGACGAAAUUCAACCCUAUAUGGGUCACUCUGCUUCUUCUUCAACCACUACAGCAACUAGUGCAAAUACAUCCCAAGCUCCAGCAUCUAUGCAGUCAGCAUCUCCUUCAAAUAAUCAAGACAUUGAAGCAACGCCUGUAAACAACGUGUAUACAAAUAAAUUUCAUUCAACAGGAUUACAAUUCGUCAAGAAGCUACGAGAAAAUCAUUCUGAUAAGCAGAUCAAGCAUGGUUUACAACGUGAUGAAAAGAUCAAGACUAGUCCUAUUCAACUUGAUCAACACUUUAUUUUAGGAGAUGCAGCAGCAGCAGCAGCAACAACAACCACAGCAGCAACAGCAACAGCAACAGCAGCAGUAGCACCUCUUUACCCUAACCCAGUACAGCCUACAUAUAAUGACUCAAUUAUUCUAAUUCAUAUCUUUAUUUCAAAUCUUGUUCGAUUAGCUUAUGUAGCAGCAGGAUCACCCCCACCACCUGAUGAAUACGAUUAUCCUCCAGGUGUUCAUAUUGAACAUGAUGAUGGUAUUGCAACUGGUGUUGGUAUUGAUGCAGCUACUGCUAGUGCAAAAUUUUUAUUCAAAAUCUUCCGAACUUAUUAUAUGACAAAAUUUGUUCCUUUUGUUUCAAGGGCACUUCAAGUUGAAGGUACACCAAAUAACUCAGAGACAGUAACUGGAUUUCCUGUUUGCCCGCCAAGUAUUCUUCGUACUAUGUUAAGAUUUCUGAUUGGCUAUUGUCUUGAUAACAAUAGUCAUCUAACUAAUACACAUUGGCAACAUCAGAAUCAUAUUCCAACUAGCAUACUCUCUUCUUCACCUGCUACACCUAUUCUUAAAUCAAUCGUCUUGUCAUCACAUGAAACUCGUGAAAUAUUGCAUGAAAUUAUUCGUCAAUCAUUAGUUUUACCUUCUUCAAAUCCUCAGUAUCGAGAUAUCAUUCGAGGUGCCAUCCACAUAUUGGGUGUGUGGACAUUAGGUAGUGAAGAAGAACGACCGUCAUUUUUGAGACGAUCUGGCAGUACGGUGACACGUUCGAGUAGUAUUGCAUCUGUAUCUACGCAACAUAUUGACACACGUGCAUCACCUGUUGAAGAAACCAGUGCAAAACAACUACCGCCACCUGAUUAUUCAGAUGCUAACAUCUUUUUACGACGUUAUCUUUUAAUGAUUAAAUUAAUUUUUGAUCAAAAGAGACCUGAGGAGAGUCGGGAUAAUAUGGUAGCAUAUACACAACAGACAAUGGAUUGGGAAGGGUUAGUGUCACUUUAUAAAGAUGCACUUAACCUCUAUCGUGCGAUCGCUGUCUCGAAGGGGGGUAUUGAUAUUGAAUCGGAGAGUUGGGAGCUUAUGUUACAGUGCCUAUUAGAGAUUCAGCAAGGAUUUAUGAGUCAGCCUGAAAAAUACAGUCGAAUCCCUGUUCAAGCUUAUGCAGAAGAGCUUGCUGAUUUUAUUUGGGAAACAACCUUACAUGCUUUUGUAAGAGCUAAAAUUGUACAUAUGGAAUUCUGGCAUCAGCUUAAGGUACAUAUGGUGAGUUCGAUGCGUUGGAUUCAAUCUAUCAAUCAAUGGGUGAGGAUCAUGCAGAAAUUAACACAACUUUUAUCAUCACGUUUAUAUAAAGUUGAAUAUGAUCUUUAUUCAGACACCAAGUAUCGCUUGAUUGAGGAAUUACCAGCGUCCGCUAUGCCCGUCACUAAUCGUUAUUCAAUGCAGAUUACCAACAUGUCUUCGACUACUACAACAUCACGUAGCAAGGGAUCCAAGAUACGAUCUCGUCAUUUGAGCAUACAGGGACGACAGAGCAACAAGCGGAAUACGUCAAAUUCUGUGUCGCGUCCACUUUCUGCCUGUGGUAGUGAUGGACAACUCAUUGAGGCUAGACAGCAAGAUCCUCAACCAGAACCAGAAGGAAGUGUAUCAACAUUGUUACGUAACUUAAGUAGUGCUUCUUUAACUGAUUUUGCAUAUACUUUUAAAUCAGACCGUAAAUCCACUAAUUUGAGCUCGGUUGUAGAUGAAGAAAAGCCAGAGGAAGAAGAAGAAGAAACAACAACAACACCAACCAAGAAUCUUAAAUUUGGUAUCAAAAGUAUGAUGCCCGCACAACAGCCAUCAAGUGCCGCUUUAGGUAAACGAAGUAAUACGAGCAUAGCUAAUACAAGCUCAUCUAAUGAAAAAGGACGUCGAGCGAUCAGCAUUCAACAAUUGGAUACUUUAUGGCAGGAUUCUGGAUCCAAGUUGCUCAACUUGGUUCAUCAUGGGGAUUCUCAAGCAAGCAUAUCCAAAACAGCAAAUAAAGAGGAAGAUACUAAAAUGAUUGAUUUAGUGGAUCAUAGUGGCAGUACUAGUAGUUCUAUAGAUGAAAUAUCUACAAAGUCUAAUCGUACAUCAUCCUCUUCUGCUUGGCCAGCUGGAGAAUCGAUUUUAAUGAUGGUGAAUUCUGCUUCAGUAACAGAAAAGCUACCAACUAAUUUAGGGUGUUUUAAGAGCUCCGAAUUUCUUAUUUUAAAUAAUUUAGUUUGUGAUGGCCAACAAGUUUUAGCUAUUUGGAAAAACAUGUUACUUAUUAUAGGUAAUAUCAAUCAGAUCGAGGGAUCUCAAAAUUAUGCUAUUGCUAUGAACUGCGUUGUCGAUAUUUGGGAUACUCUACGUUUAGUAAGAGCUCAACAGCCUUAUCGUAAUAUACCUAUUCCAUCAAUGUAUGAAAUAGCACCUUGGUUAUUUGAAGCGACAGAACUAUCUUCUGUAUAUGAUGUUGGUAAAGCAACUGCUUAUGGAAGUUUAUGUCGACUUAUGCUACAAAGAUCGGAAGAAACGGUUCCGGAAGGCUACUAUGCAGCCUUUUAUAAAUCUAUUCUAAAAGGAUUAGCAUCCAAUAAUAAUAUCAUUAUUCAAUCUAUUAUUAUCAAUUCAGAGCGUAUCUUUGGGUUUUCUUUACCAGGCAUUCAUAUCUUAAUUCCAUCGUUUAUUACAGCUAUCGAAAAUCAACUUUUGAAUGAUGAUGUUUCAUCUCAAGUGCCUCAUAAUGUCAAAAGAAGUUGUAUUAUAAUUUUAGGUUCAUUAGUGUCAGUAUCCAAUCAUCUUAAAGAUAUAACAAUUCAAAUAGAUGAGCAACAUAUGUCAUGGGUACAUGGACUCCAACUAGGAAAGGCAUUUUCAUUUACAGAUGUCAAAGUACGGUUAAAGGACAUAUUUAUUCGUUUAGUUAAAGCAAGUACAAUCUCAGCACCCCAAAGUGAUGAAGAAAUAGACACCUAUUGUAUGCUUUUCGGUGCUCUUUGUGCCUUAAUUCUAGAUGAAUUAUUAGCUUCUGAAAAUCCUCAAUAUGAUAUUAUAUAUGAAUGUAUUGUUUCCUUGACAAACCAUUUAUACUGGAAUCAUAUUUCGAUUGUAAAUACUGCUGUUGACUGUUUGAAUACUAUUGCACAAACAUAUAAAGAAAAAUUAGAUCCUGAAGGAAUUAUUAUGCAUGAAAGUUUGACAAGAAUUUUAGAUUCACUUAAUAUGCAUUUGAAAUAUUAUGAAAAGAAUCCAAAGAAUGGAAGAGGUUUUAUUAUAUCUAAACUAUUUAGUUGUUUACUGGAAUGGAUCAUGUCUAUUGAACCAAUCAUUUUCACAGAGACUGAUCUUUGUCAGCUUGUAUUUGAUAGUAUUGAAUUAGCACUCCAUCUUAGUUCGUUAACUCCAGAAAAAAGACCUAAUAUUCAUUUUGAAUUUAUAAAUCAAGGUGUACAUUUGAUUGAAAAUGACCAAAGCUAUGUUAAGGAAUCUGCUGAAGCUGUUCUUCUUCAUCUAUUACAUCAUUUUAAUAGUUUUGCACCACCAAAUGGUCCUGCUACUAUUCAUAGUACAAUUCUUGGACCAGGUGUCUCUCAAGAAGAAGAAAAUUAUCAUCAAUACCAAUACUUUUCUUUUAAUGAUACUACAAUUAUUGCUUUUGUAGAAUUACCAAAAUCAAAUCAAAGAGAGGCUGAAGCUCGUAUCAUUAUUCGUGAUUUAACAGGGCGGUAUGUCUGGGAUACUAGAUUAGAACCCAAAUUUGGUUCUUCUGAAACUACUACUGCUUUCAAGAAAAAUUCCAUAGGAAAUGCUGAAGAGCAAUUUGUUUUGAGACGGGGCUUAAAUAUUCAAUCCAUAAAUGAAGUACCUACUGAGAUUGGUCAAAAAGAAGAAACUUUAAAAUUAAAUGACAAGGAUCCUAUGGGCAUUUUAUUGAAACAAAUUGGAGAGUCACAUCCAGACUGUCUUUUAGAUCCCGGUUUGCCAUUAAACGUACCAAGUACACCAACACUUCUUCAAAUGGAGAUGACAGGGAAUUUGGGCUCACACUUAAAUGAUUAUCUUCAAAAUGAAGCUCAAAACAAUGAACAACAUAGAACUAAUGUUCAACUUUGGUAUUCAAAAAUGAAUCAUCUUCGAGAAAAGGAAGCGGAAAAUGGAAUUCUAAAACGUGGAGAAUCUAUGCAAACUCAGCUAUUAGCUAAUUUCAGUUUAGGAAAGGAUUUUUUACCUGCGUUUCCUCAAGAAGCAGAGAAAGCGUAUAGUCACUUUCAACAAAGCCGUUUAUUGAUGAGUCACAUGGGCUUCAUUCAUUAUAAUCAACUUAAAAAUGGUUCAUUUCAAAUGCUUAACAAGACACCAGCAUUAUAUCGGGAUUUAAGAGGACUUGAUAGAAAACACGGACGUGAAACUAUAAAGAUUGGAUUAAUUUAUGUCGCUCAUGGACAAGAAGAUGAGCAAACUAUACUACAAAAUAAUCAAGGAUCUGAGAGAUAUAAUAAUUUUGUAAAUAGUUUAGGUUGGGAAAUUGAUAUUGCUACACACACUGGUUAUCUUGGAGGGCUAGAAAGAAAUUUAACUAAUGGAACACAAGCAACUUACUACUGCUCUUCAAGCCUUGAAAUGAUAUUUCAUGAUGUAACUAAAAUACCCACGGACAGUGAAGAUUCUAAGCAAUUGAAAAAGAAACGACAUAUUGGUAAUGAUCAUGUACAUAUUGUUUGGAAUGAACAUGACAGGGAUUAUCGUAUCGGAACAAUUGGAGGUGAUUUUGGUAAUGCACAAAUUAUUGUAACACCAUUACCAGACAACUUGUAUUCAAUACAAGUGUAUCGCGAUUCCAAGAUUCCCUAUUUUGGACCACUUUUUGACCAAAUGGUUAUAUCUCAGCCCAUUCUGGGUUCACUUGUCAGAGCAACGGCCAUUAAUGCAUUUCGUGCUUCAGUCCAUACAAACUUAUAUUCAUUUUAUAAAUGUGUUUAUGCACAAAGAGCAAAUGAUGUUCGAACAAUAACUAAUAGACAUAAAGUAGCUAACUGGAGUUACGAACAAUUUAUGGAAAAAAUCUUCAUGACUGAAGAACAUACAUAAAUACACCCUUUUUUUUAAUUUUUUUUAUUAUCUUCUUCUUUCUUGUUAAUUAUAUAAAGGAAAAAAAAAGCGUCUUACAUAAUAAUAAUAAUAAUAACAAUAAUAAUAAUAAAUUGCAUAU